CAGUCGCUGCGGGCACCAUGUCAUCACCUAUUCAGCGCCUCGCCUGCUAUUUAAGAAUACACAUAACCAGGUAGUCUCAUCAAUGCGUGAAGACAUCUCCUUGCAUCUUAUCAAUCCACUAACCGAAAUCCAAUCCCCUGGUUAAUCAUUUCCAAAAUGGAUCCGUCUUCAAAAGCGCACCCGCAAGACUCGCACGUCGGCCCGAGGUCGAACAGCGGCAAGGCAGGGGCGGUGCAGACGCCGGCAAACGCACACUUGGGCCAGGACAAGCCUGGCAUGUUUGAUGCCCAGGGGUCGAUUGGCAAGCAAUUUACGCCGGAAGGAGCUCUUGGCGGCACGGCGCAGAAGAUCGGCGGUCCGCUGGACAAGGAAGGCAUGAUUGGCAAGCAGUUCACGACGGAAGGAAGCAUUGGCGGCACGGUGCAAAACACGAUGGGCGGGAAGAGCAAGACGUCGAACUGAGAGAAUAGGUUCUGGAGGGAGGGAGUGGAGAUGUAGAGUAUGUGUAAGACUACGAGCUGGGAAGAUGUGAAUGGAACGAGUUUGAUUCUUUGACAGCUUAGACUCAAAUGGAUAUUCAGCAUGCUGGUGCAACAGAUACACUACGCAGCCAGACAAAGCUCUCUGCCGACAUUUCAUUGCCAGCAAGGACCUUUCAGAUCCCGACUCUGGUUUCUAGAACGCGAACUUGUGUUCUUCAUUGCUCACAGGGGCAGAUCGCACCACACGCUCCUACAUACACCAUACACGUGUAACAU